ACUCUGAGAAGGACAACAAGCUUCAUCCCUGCGCCUUCCUGUCUCAUAAACUCUCGCCGGCAGAGAGAAACUACGAUGUUGGGAACCGCCGGGGUCCCAGAACACCAAGCCCGAUGCCUUGUCCCGUCUGUUUGACCCCGAGCCUACUGCCAAGGAACCGGAGCCCAUCCUACCACUGAACCGUGUGGUAGGAGCGGUGAGUUGGCAGAUAGAAUCUCAGGUGAAGCAGGCUAAUGGUGAGAAUCCGACACCUAGUGGUUGUCCGGAGAAUCGCUUGUUUGUCCCUGUUGUUAUGCGUCCACAGGUGAUCCAUUGGGCUCACACCGGACUGCUCACCUGCCAUCCAGGAGUUAAGAGGACCAUGUACGUCAUUUCCCAGAGGUUUUGGUGGCCCUCCAUGGAGAGGGAGGUUCGGGAGUAUGUGGAGGCGUGUUCCAUCUGUGCCCGCAACAAGACCUCCUCCAGAGCGCAGAUGGGGUUGCUGCAGCCACUCCCUGUUCCCACUCGUCCAUGGGCUGAGAUCUCACUCGACUUCGUCACGGGGCUCCCGGUCUCUGAAGGAAACACCACUGUGCUCACAGUGGUAGACAGGUUUUCUAAAAUGACUCAUUUCAUAGCAUUACCCAAGCUUCCAUCUGCCAAAAGAACGGCAGAGAUUAUGAUGACUCAAGUAUUUCGUAUUCAUGGUUUUCCCAAAGACAUUGUUUCAGACCGGGGGCCCCAGUUCAUAUCCAGGUUCUGGAAAGAGUUCUGCAAGCUCAUCGGAGCCACCGUCAGCCUCACCUCUGGUUAUCACCCAGAAGCCAACGGCCAGACGGAACGUCUCAACCAGGAGUUAGAGACCUGUCUUCGAUGCCUGGUGUCGCAGAAUCCGGCUUCCUGGAGCAAGAAGCUGGUGUGGGUGGAAUAUGCCCACAACUCUCUUCUCACCUCGGCAACUGGCAUGUCUCCAUUCCAGUGCGUCUUCGGCUACCAGCCCCCUGUCUUCUCCGAGACAGAAAAGGAGAUCAUCGUCCCGUCGGCCCAUGCCAUGGUCCGGCGAUGCCACCGCAUCUGGGCAGCCGCCCGUAAGGCACUCCUACGCAGUGUGGACCGCAUGAAGAGGGCUGCUGAUCGGAGGCGCCUACCUGCGCCUGUAUACAAGCCUGGCCAGAAGGUCUGGCUCUCUACGCGGGAUUUGCCUCUCCAAGUCGCCUCCAGGAAGUUGGCUCCACGGUUCGUGGGGCCUUUCCCAGUGUCCAAGGUCAUCGGCCCUUCCGCUGUCCGUCUGCGUUUGCCCCGGUCCAUGAGAGUCCACCCCACCUUCCACGUCAGCCGGGUGAAACCGGUUAAGGAAAGCCUCAUGGUGCCCGCAGCCGCACCCCCUCCACCUCCCCAGAUGGUCGACGGCGGCCCUGUCUACUCAGUCAAGGCUCUGCUGGCUGUGCGCAACAGGGGCCGGGGCAGGCAGUUCCUGGUGGAUUGGGAGGGCUACGGUCCAGAGGAACGAUCAUGGGUUCCUGCUAGCUUUAUUGUGGAUCCUGACCUCAUCACAGACUUUUACAGACGCCACCCUCAGUUAUCUGGGCCGUCAGGAGAGUUGCUGAAAAUUCUUCCUGUUCCUUUGCAUAAGAUGAUUUUGAACUGUGAGCUGGUUAAUGGUGAGGUGGCUGUUGGUGUGCGGCCAGCGUUGCCUAUGGAAGGCUCCGGUUGCACUCCAGAAGUCUUGCCAUUAUGCCUAAUUACGCACGCUAUGAGGAAGUCGGACCCUGACGCGUCAUCUGACGGCGACAGUGAUAUAUUGUUGGAGGUUCCAUCGCUGUCAGAGCUCCCUGUGUCACUGUCACAUAGCGAGGUGGUGCAGGAGCAAAGUAAUGACCCCUCCUUGAAAGAACUAUUUGAGCGUGCCUUGCCGGCCUCGGAUAUAAGUAGUGCUGCAAAUGGAUACUUCUUGUAUAAUGGCUUGCUGUUUAGAAAGUGGGUUCCUGUGAGUGAAAACGGUGUGGAUGCUGAUGUUUUCCAGAUGGUGGUGCCAGUUAAAUUCCGCCCUCUUGUCUUGACAGUGGCACAUGAUGAGUGUGGACACUUUGGUGUGCGCAAGACGUACCUCAACAUCCUUAAACACUUCUUUUCCACGUAUUUCCACCGUUUGAUGAACCGCGUUGUGGCAGGGUUACAAGGUUAUGCAGUUUAUCUGGACGAUUUGGUCUUCUACAGUGAUACCUGGCACUCGCAUCUUCAGCGCAUUCGGGCGCUGUUCGAACGCUUGGCUGAAGCUCGGCUCAUGGUGAACUUGGCUAAAUGCGAUUUUGCGAUGGCUACAGUGACGUGUCUCGGCCGUGUAGUGGGGCAGGGUCAUGUGGCUCUGGUCCAGGCCAAGGUUACGGCCAUUGCCAAAUAUCCACAACCCACGACAAAGAAGAACUUCAGAAGUUCUUGGGGUUAG